UUGUUCAGCGAAGGACGUGCGUCUAAAACAUCGAGCUCUCUGAGCGGGAACAUGUGAGCGGUGCGCCACAGCAGCCACACACGCGUAGACAUAAGUGGUGGUAAAAGCUUUAUAUUACCUCACACACUAUUUUGUCGCAAACUCUCAAUUCCUUUGACACUGUUCGUGGCUUCUACAGUCUGCGGUUUAACAUUGUAAUCCUCACGGUUUUAAAUCUUUACGUAUAUUUAUAUGAUAUCAGAUAUUAUUCCGUAAUUAAACACAAGAAAGGCAAAAACAGACAUAGAAAUCUUUAUGCAAAUCAUCGUUCACACCGGAUAAUACAAAAUCAAAAACAUGGGGAACGCAUCAUCUCAUCAUAAAGUUGGGGGAAUCGGUGGAGUUUCUGCAGGCAGUGAGAAAACAGUACGUGGGGAUGUAACAGCAUCUGGCAACGAACAGGCAAAGGAAGGUGACACAAAGCCGGGCUCUAAAGUGGCGGCGAAUAAUCAUCAAGAUCACCAGCAGCACCGGAAGCGUAGCAGUGUCAUCGGGGGCGGGGAAAGAGAGGGCGAUAUCGCCGUGGUUCGCCCAGAGGAGCUCACGGAACGCCAGAAGGAACUGCUGGAAGAGACAUGGAAGGAGCUGGAGGGCAACAUUGCCAAGGUCGGAGUCAUCACAUUCAUAAGUUUGUUCGAAACUCAUCCCGACGUCCAGCAAGUUUUCAUGCCAUUCAACGGAAUUGAACUGGAAGAUUUAAAACACAGCAAGCAGCUCAGGGCACACGCACUGAGAGUGAUGGCUUUCGUGCAGAAAGCAGUGGCAAGGCUGCACGAACCUGAGAAGCUGGAGACAAUUUUACAGGAGCUAGGCAAGAAGCACUACACGUACGGCGCCAAACAGAAAUAUGUCGACCUCAUCGGUCCUCAGUUCAUCCAGGCCAUUCAGCCGUCCCUUGAAGACCGCUGGACACCAGAGCUCCAGGAAGCCUGGAUUCAUCUGUUCAAGUAUAUGGCGUACGUCAUGAAAACGUCCAUGGGCGAGGAAGAACAGCGGAUUAACUCACAACAAUGAGGAAUGUGGAUGAAGAAGUUACGAAGAUCCAUUUCAAAACGGAAACCCUCGUUACAAGACAUUGGGCAGAGUUCUUGCAGCGAAGAACAUGCAGAGUGAAUUCUGCAGACUGCCAGAUCAAGGAUUUGUCUUCACUGAAGGGGAACUUGCGUAUUCCUUGGUAUUAACUAAAGGAUGCUGAUUCAGUCGAUUCAUACUACAGUUUAUCUCUCUAAUGCCCAUUUAAGUCCUAUCCAUUUACAAACCAAAAUUUUUUUUAAUUUUUUUCGUCUUGUCUACCUUCUGACACUUUGACAUAAUUAUUCCUGAUCAUCUACCACUACCUAUAAGAUGAAAUACUGCCUGAAUGUGGCUUCUAAUAGUCCUCAAAGGCAGACCGACCGCUUGAUGAACUUACUAAUUCGCCCCUACGAUACGUAAUAUUUUCAUUUGUCUGUAUAGCAAAUAAGAAAAUAUUCUUAAAUGGGAUUUGAAGUUCUAAGAGCGAUGAUCACGAAGAUGGCUCUCUUCUGGGUUGUAGCGCCGUAUAUUCUGAUAGAAGU